AUGAUACGACCCAGAGACCCCCGCGUCCGCCAGCGGAUCAACCAGAUAUCACACAACCUCGAGACGGCGAAUGAAACAGCCCAGGAGGGUCUCUACACUUUUUCGCAUGACUAUAUUGUUCCGUGCUUAUCUUCGAUCGGGAAUUGCGUCUACGCCUGUGCUGCGCCAUGCCUUCCAACCCGCCAAGACCACAUUCGGCGUCGUCGGCGCGAUCGCGCAGAGGCGAGUUUCGACUUCUACGAUGACUGGGAUAAUGAGGAGGGCGUCGAGAGUGGACUGCUGGGGUUUGGGACGGAAGAGCUUGACCGUCUGCUGGCUGGCAGCGGGUUAACGCGCGGGGGCGCCGAACAGCCCCGUCGACAGCGGAGGAUGAGCUACGGUGCGCGGCGCGUGCGCAGAAAGAGUACCGCGCUUGCGCCUGAUAGCCGGUCGGAUCCUACGGUCAUCCCUAGCUCCUCGUUUCUUGGUUUCUUGGAGCGGUUUCCCUGGAGGAUGGGCGCGCGGGGCGUGAAGUAUCGUCCGUCGGCGGCGGAUCUCCAGGAACAUCCGACGGGUUUGCGGCGGAAUGUGCAGGAAGAUGAGCCUCUACUGGAGGAGGCGGCGGGUGAGGAAGAUGAGGGGCAGGCUGCUGCCGGGGGCAACGGGCGGUAUCGCAGUUCGACGCAGUCAUCGCGAGAGACGGCCAAUUCCUUGAGCUCUCGGGGUGACUUAUUUCCAAGUGAUGAGGAAGAGGAUGCGGUGCCGCUGGACGAUGAGUUUGCUCUGACUCUGGCAAGUCGUCGCAGUACCGGACUGGAGUCCGAUGACUAUCUGGGGGACAAGCCCGAGAGCAUGCGGUCCAUGUCUGGAACGUUUAGCGUGGAAUCUAAGGACUCGAAACCGAGAAAAGCGAAGAAAUCGAAGAAGAAGAAGAGCAGCCGACUGCAUUCGACGCCGAGCUCCACCGUGGAGGUCAUCCAGGAUAAUACGGGCUCGGCUAUGGAAGAUCUACAGAAAGAAGAGCAGCAGGCUGCGAUAGAGGAGGAAGCUCGGAUCAUCCAGAGACGACUAGCGGCCCGACAGCUCGCCGCACAGCGUGGCCUCAACUCGGGGAAACACCAGUCUACUUCGUCAUCGCACCCGCCGCAACCUCUCACGAUUCACUCCGAUGCCCCUCGUGGAUCCCCCUUCAGCACUCCGAUGGAAUCUGCCGGUACGAGCGAUUUCUCGUCUGACCGUCGAUUAUCCACAGACCAGUCACAGACAGAACCAUUCCCGCCGAUGCCAUUCAGUCCGUCUCCUGAACCGAGUGAGACCACCUCCGGUCAUGCUAUGACAUCGGUCGAUCGUGCAGGCCCUUCUGACGAUUCCCGUGGGCCACCUACUGAACCCGGCGAUGAGUGA